AUCUUUUCCGUUUGAUCGUCUCAGCUGUUCUUCAUUUUUAGAAUGUUACAUAGUAAAAAAAACUAAACACGACAUCUGUCAACUUAUUCCAAUUAUUCUCAUUUAAAUUGUUUCUUUCUCUUCAUACCCAAUCCACGAGAUUCGCGUGUACGGCAGUCAUUUAGACCCUAGUAGAUAUCCCCGCAAGGCUGAUUACCGCGCGCCAUACCCGAUCAUUCGCACCCGAUUACCCCCUACACGCCUACACGAUAUUUAUCUGCCUUUCCACCAGCUGAAGUCUUUGAUCUAAACUCGAACUUGAACUUCAAUCUCCCAAACUUUUUUUUUCAAAUUAUUUACAUGAUAAUAUACUCUUCAUAUCAUCAGUUGUUUCGAACAUGUGGGAAUAAUCCACGAAUAAGAGACGAAUAUCCCUGACCGAAACCUGGCGAUUAUCAAAUCACUCUCACCCGCUUACGAAGAAAGACAUCGAUCUAUCCUAGGCGGGUUGUCAAAGACUGCGCAAUAUCCCAUAACUCAAAAUAUAGAAUAUAUAUCUCCAUUCCAUUCUUAGAAGUCAAUAUAGUCUUCUUAGACACGACGUUUCAUUUCCGCUUUAUCUACGAUGGCCACUACUGUCAACCCCGCCAGUAACGGCUCUCCCCGUCCGAACCCUCAGAUUCAGCCAUGCAGAUACAAGGUGGGAAAGACAUUAGGCGCUGGUUCAUAUUCAGUCGUAAAGGAGUGUGUUCACAUUGACACCGGUCGCUACUAUGCCGCGAAGGUGAUUAACAAAAGGCUUAUGGCCGGCAGGGAACAUAUGGUACGAAAUGAGAUUGCCGUCCUCAAGAAAGUCUCGAUGGGCCACCAGAACAUCUUAACCCUCGUUGACUACUUCGAGACAAUGAACAACCUCUAUCUCGUGACCGAUCUUGCGCUUGGCGGUGAACUCUUCGAUCGCAUCUGCCGCAAAGGAUCAUACUACGAAUCCGAUGCUGCCGAUUUGAUCCGCGCGACUCUUUCCGCCGUCGCGUAUCUCCACGACCACGGAAUCGUGCAUCGUGAUCUCAAACCGGAGAACCUACUCUUCCGCACACCUGAGGACAAUGCCGACCUUCUGAUCGCCGACUUCGGACUAUCGCGCAUUAUGGAUGAGGAGCAAUUUCACGUUCUAACGACAACCUGCGGUACCCCCGGCUAUAUGGCGCCCGAGAUUUUUAAGAAGACGGGUCACGGCAAGCCUGUGGAUAUUUGGGCCAUGGGCGUCAUCACGUACUUCUUGCUUUGCGGAUACACGCCGUUCGAUCGCGAUACCGACUUCGAGGAGAUGCAGGCGAUUCUCAACGCGGACUACAACUUCCAGCCGGCGGAGUAUUGGCGCGGCGUCAGCGACCACGCCAAGGAUUUCAUUCGACGAUGUCUGACGGUUGACCCCAACAAGCGCAUGACGGCGCACGAAGCAUUGUCGCAUGCCUUCAUCGCCGAUUACAGCCUAGGCGGUGACGGCGACAGGGGUCAGAAUCUACUCCCAACCGUCAAGAAGAACUUCAACGCGCGCAAAACUCUUCACGCGGCUAUCGACACGGUGCGAGCCAUCAACAAGUUACGGGAGGGUCAGGCGCAAGCUCACCUUAUGGACGGCACCCGUUCGGCGGAACCAGGGCGGGGUGCCCCGCCUCUCAAAGACGUGGCUCAAGGCGACUCGGGGUACUCGAGCACGCAAAACGGAGACGUGGAGAUGGGCGGUACGGGUCCAACGUCAGGGGUACCAGCAAGCUUAAGGCCUGGCGCUGCUGCGAAUAGAGUCGUCGAGACGUCAAAAGGACUAUGGACCGCGAGCCAACCUCGAAGGUAAGGAGGCACACUAGUCAUGGGAGAACUCAUGCUAGCAUCGUUGCUAGAGCGACAAGAGGAAUUAUCUUAUUUAGAAUGCAUCUCAGGAAAGCGAGCGAACAGGUAUUUAAGGCAUGUGAUGACAGAUCAGUGUAAUUAACUUUAUGAUGAGACGAGACGAGAUAGUUUCCGGUACAUAAAGUGUAUGAGCAGGAAAAGAAAUCAGCUCGAGCAGCAUCCGCUUUUUUUUUCGGGAUGGAGAUAGUCGGGAUUUCAGCAAACAACUGAAGAUAUCACCGAUCAGAUAUGGAUCGCAUCGAAGGGAUGAUGGGAGAUUAUCUAACCCUAACCUAAUUGAUAUAACGACCCAAUUCGAGGGUGAAAUGAACAAUUUGA